AUGACCUCAUAUAAAUCCCUCAAGUUUCCCCCACCUCAUGUAAUCAAAGUUAGCAAAUCUGCGUGGAUGACUGAUGAAGAAUUUGGGAGAGAGAUGGUUGUUGGUGUAAACCCUUGCGUGAUUCGUCUUCUUCAAGAGUUCCCGCUGAAAAGUACUCUUGAUACUGUCGUAUACGGUGAUCAGUCUAGUACAACAACAAAAGAACAGUUAGAGACGAACCUCGGUGAGCUCACAGUAGAACAGGCACUUAGCGGGAAGAGAUUAUUCGUCUUAGAUUACCAUGACGCGUUCAUGCCAUAUCUGGAAAGGAUAAACACAAGAGCAAAGGCUUAUGCCACUAGGACAAUCUUGUUCUUGAAAGAUGAUGGAACUUUGAAGCCAAUAGCCAUUGAAUUGAGUCUGCCACACUCAAAUGGGGUUCAAUAUGGUGUUGAAAGCAAAGUAAUCUUGCCUGCAGAAGAUGGCAGUGUCGAAAGUACAAUUUGGCUAUGGGCCAAGGCUCAUGUAAUUGCAAAUGACUCAUGCUAUCAUCAACUCAUGAGCCGUUGGUUGAAUACUCAUGCGGUGAUUGAACCAUUCAUCAUAACAACAAAACCCCUCUUUCAAUUCCUCUCCACCACCUACUGUGCAGACUGCUGA